AUGUGUGGGAACCGUGAAAGAGACGCACGUGGACGUAAUAAUGAGGACUUCUCUUUUGUCAACAGUGUGGUCAAAUACCUGCUCUUCAUAUUUAAUUUCAUCUUCUGGCUCAUCGCCACGGCCAUGAUAGCAAUUGGGGUGUACGCUCGUGUCAUCAAGCAUGCAGAGACUGCGUUGGCGUGUCUUGCCGUCGAUCCGGCCAUGAUGCUGCUGGUGGUCGGGGUCCUCAUGUUUAUCAUCACUUUCUGCGGCUGCGUGGGCUCGCUGAGGGAGAACAUUUGCUUGCUGCAGUUUUUCUGCAUCAGUCUGACUGUCAUCUUCAUGCUCCAGUUGGCUGCCGGUGUGCUAGGAUUCAUCUUCUCUGAUAAGGCCCGAGGUAAGGUAACGGAAUUGGUCAACAACGCCAUUGUGCACUACAGAGACGACAUCGACCUGCAGAACCUCAUCGACUUUGGCCAAAAAGAAUUUGGUUGCUGUGGGGCUGUGUCCUACACCGACUGGUCCAUGAACAUGUACUUCAACUGCACUGCCAAAAAUCCCAGCUUGGAACGCUGCGCCGUCCCUUUUUCCUGUUGCAUCACUACCCAAGAAAAGGUGGAGGUGAUUAACACAAUGUGCGGGCAAGGAGUACAGGUCGUGGAAUACAUCGAAGCCGGCGACGUCAUCCACACCAACGGAUGCAUCGACAAAGUGGUGGACUGGAUUCACAGCAACCUUUUCCUGAUGGGAGGCAUCGCGGUCGGUUUGGCCAUCCCUCAGUUGGUGGGCAUUCUGCUGUCUCAGAUUCUCAUCAACCAGAUUAAAGACCAAAUUGAGCUGCAGAACUACAACAACAAGCACCGUGCCGAUCCAUGGAGAUGA